UGGGGUGCACGUGCAUCGGGGUGCUCGAGGGUGACCUUCGCUUAUAGAAAGCUCUUCAAAAUGUUUGUUUUUCGUAAAACUGAAUCUGUUUCGAUAUGAGCUGUUCUCACUCGCCAGUACCUUCCGCAAGUGAUCCAACAUGACGGACUCGCCCCCCUCCUCCCUCCCAAUCAUCGACAUCCAUGAGGCGCUUGAUCUCUAUCGUCCUUGGCCGGAACCGACGGAACCGCCAUACGAACCCAUCCAAGGCCCGAAUCAGUGGCCUUCACACCCACCAGGGUUCCGCGAAACCUACGAAGACUAUAUCGACAAACUCCAAACCCUCGGCAGGACACUCCUCCGUGCAAUGGCCAUCGGCCUAGGCGAACCCGAAUCCACCUUCGACACCGCCGUACGGGACUCAUUCUGGGUCCUCCGCUGUAUCGGAUAUCCACCACUCACCCCCUCCCCCUCCCCCUCCCAUCUAGAGGAAGGCGUGAGUUGCGGCGAACACACCGACUACGGGUGUCUCACCCUCCUCCUCACAGACGACACGAGGGGCGCUCUCCAAGUCCUCCACGCGCCCUCCGGGAAAUGGAUCACCGCUGAUCCGAUCCCCGGAUGUUUCGUGGUUAAUAUUGGGGAUAUGUUCAACGUGUGGACAAGCGGACUUUAUGCAUCGACGUUGCAUCGCGUCAUUCAUCGUGGUGGGAACUACAGGGUGAGUGUGCCGUUUUUCUUUGAGCCGGGGUGGGAGGCGAGGGUUGAUGUGUUGCCGGGGUGUGUGGGGAGGAAGGGGAAGGAGGGAGGGGUGGUUUAUGGGGAGCAUUUGCUGGGGAAGGUUUUGGGGAAUUUUGUGUUGGAGGAUGGGUAGGGUGUGGAUCUAGAGAUGGAGGGGGUGGUUUUGAUUGGUUAGCGCUACGGCAUACUGCUGAGCCAGGCAAGACUCAACGUCUUGCAAGCCAGCUUGGACUCCUUUGCUAU